UUUCCGGCCGGAAGCUGCGGCACGGCGAUGCUGCGCAUGCGCCCCUCACACGUGCUACCAGAAUCCCGCCCCCGCCGCCGCUUGGGCCCCGCCGGCACCAUGCUGCGGAUUCCUGUCUUCCGGCUGCUGGGACGCACGGGGGUCAGUAGGGUUUCUCUCCAGGAGGGAUCUGCCUCACGCCACUACAGUUCGGGCUCUCUCGGUGCCCGCGACGAUGUUUGCGACGCGCGUGCCUACUUCACUACACCCAUUUUCUACGUGAACGCGGCGCCGCACAUCGGGCACCUGUACUCGGCGCUACUGGCGGACGCCCUGUACCGCCACCGUCGCCUGCGAGUUCCCAGCGUCGCCGCUACGCGAUUCUCCACUGGUACCGACGAGCAUGGCCUGAAGAUUCAGCAGGCGGCAGCUACUGCGGGCCUGGCUCCGACCGAGCUCUGCGACCGAGUCUCUGCCCAGUUCCAGCAGCUUUUCCAGGAGGCUGGUAUCUCCUGCACUGACUUCAUCCGCACCACGGAGGCCCGGCACCGGGCGGCUGUGCAGCACUUCUGGGGAGUGCUGAAGGCCCGGGGUCUGCUGUACAAGGGACUCUAUGAAGGUUGGUAUUGCGCGUCCGACGAGUGCUUCCUGCCUGAGACCAAGGUCACCUGGCAGCCGGGCCCAUCAGGGGAUUCGUGUCCUGUAUCUCUCGAGAGUGGACAUCCAGUCUCCUGGACCAAGGAAGAAAACUACAUUUUCAGGCUUUCCCAGUUUCGGGAGCCACUCCAGCGGUGGCUGCGGAGCAACCCUCAGGCGAUCACCCCAGAGCCGUUCCAUCACGCAGUCCUUCAGUGGCUAGAGGAUGAGCUGCCUGACCUGUCCGUGUCUCGCAGGAGUAGCCACUUACACUGGGGCAUCCCGGUGCCCGGGGACGAUUCACAGACCAUCUAUGUGUGGCUGGAUGCCUUGGUCAACUACCUCACUGUAAUUGGCUACCCAAAUGCUGAGUUCAAAUCUUGGUGGCCAGCCACCUCUCAUGUCAUAGGUAAGGACAUUCUCAAAUUCCAUGCCAUCUAUUGGCCUGCCUUCCUGUUAGGGGCCGGCAUGAGCCCGCCACACCGCAUCUAUGUCCACUCCCACUGGACAGUGUGUGGCCAAAAGAUGUCUAAGAGCCUGGGCAACGUGGUGGAUCCUAGGACUUGUCUUGAUCGCUAUACUGUGGAUGGUUUCCGCUACUUUCUUCUUCGGCAGGGCGUCCCCAACUGGGACUGUGACUACUACGAUGAAAAGGUGGUUAAAUUGUUGGACUCCGAGCUGGCAGAUGCCUUGGGAGGUCUUUUGAACCGAUGCACUGCCAACAGGAUAAACCCUUCUGGGACCUACCCGUCCUUCUGCACUACCUGCUUCCCCAGUGAGCCAGGGUUGCUGGAGGCACCAGUUCGUGCUCAGGCAGAGGACUAUGCUCUGGUGAGCGCAGUGGCCACUUUGCCCAAGCAAGUAGCAGACCACUAUGAUAACUUUCAGAUAUAUAAAGCUCUAGAGGCAGUGUCCAGCUGUGUCCGGCAAACUAAUGGUUUUGUCCAAAGGCAUGCACCGUGGAAGUUGAACUGGGAGAGCCCAGUGGAUGCUCCCUGGCUGGGUACUGUGCUUCAUGUGGCCUUUGAAUGUUUGCGAGUCUUUGGAACUUUGCUGCAGCCUGUCACCCCAAGCCUAGCGGAUAGGCUGCUGUCCAGGCUGGGGGUCUCUGCCACAGAGAGGGGCCUUGGAGAGCUCUAUUUCUUGCCUCGGUUCUAUGGACAUCCAUGCCCUUUUGAAGGGAGGAGGCUGGGACCUGAAACUGGGCUUUUGUUUCCAAGACUGGACCAGUCCAGGGCUUGGCUCAUGAAAGCCCACAGGACCUAGAAACCCAGCUCUUAAUUGGCUUAUGGUUAAAGAGCAAAUGUUAUUUUCUUAUUUUUCCUUUUCAGGAAACUUAUACUAGUGUUUUCUGAAGUGUUGCAUCAAAUGAGCACAUAAGCUGUGCUCUUGUGAAAAGAGAUUUGUAGCCUUUCAGGUGCCUGUCCCCCUUUUCUUCGUUUAUCUGUGCCCAUUAACCACUGUCCUUUGUGCACUGUAUGUCUAAGAUGUCUCCAGGGAAAGAUGGGUAAGAGACAAUGUUGCCAAUAGUCUCUCUUCUCAUUGUACCUCCUUCCAAACCACAGUUAUGUAUUUUUGUCCAAACUACCUCUCAUGGCUUGUUUUUCAUUGGCCUGGUCUCUGCUUCUUGGGCUAAUCAAUGCAGUGAUUCCUUUUAUUGAGAGUGAGUGUUGGAGGCCCCCUACCUCAGCUUUUAUGGGGUAGCCUUACUUUGUUAUAUAUGUUGGGUCUCCUGUUAAAAAGAGAUUCUUUUAUUAAACCUCUAAAAACCAGUGUCAUAGACCAGAUGAUUUUUGCCCAUGUUCAUUCCUAUUCUUUAAAUUCCCACAACUAGGACUCCAUACUUAGUUAAUAGUCUUUUAACUGUUGUGUUUUGUAACAUUAUGCUUCAACCAGCAGAUGGCUCUAGUCUCACACAUUUAAUUAUUUAAGAGUGAGGUUUCAGAAUAUUGAGAAUAAAUUAGCUUUCUGCUUUCUAAUUUUUCAGAUCUUUAAAUUUUUACUGCACUUCUUAAGGGAUAACCUACUACAACCACUGCUGUUUUAACAGCAAUUUAAAAAACUCAGAAUCCUCAGUUUCUUUCCAGACUACUGAAAAAUGACACGCUAUUAAUGUUUAGUAAGCAAAUAAUCAGAUGUAUCAGAUUGUUUAUAUGAUAAUAUAAAGCUCUCUUAAGGUACUUGGUAUGUUAAAAAUUUUAAACUUCAAUAACAUUAGGUUACAGGUAUGAUUAAAACUAAUUCAAAGGGACAAUAUUUUCUUUACAGUCUUAAAUUUUGUUCUCCACAUACAUAAUUUACCUCAUGAUUUCUUUUGAUUAGUCAGCAUGUCUAAUACCAUACAGAAAUUGUGAAAUAGUUAUAAUAAAUGUUAACGUAUUUAUUUUCAAGUAGCUUUAACUGAUUUUUUGCUUUUUUAAGUUAUUAAAGUUUAAAAGUUUGCAAGUA